CGCGCGGGCUGGCCCGGGAGCAGGCGGCGCGAGGGCUCCGCGUCGCGGUCCGGUCCGGGUGGGCACCUGCGGUCCCCGGGGCGGGAGCUCCUUCCAGGCCGUUGCUACCGCAGCAUGGGACACGGGCCCUUUCCCCACUCUCUGUGAGCGGCCAGGGGCCGAGGUGGCCACGGGGAUGCCCGUGAGCCGCCAGCAGUCAGACUCUUCGGAGAUGGACCCGGACGCGUCGCCCGGCGGCAGGCUCGGUGACCUGAGCAGAGGGGGCAGCUUGGAGAGUGGAAGCGGCAGCUCCCGCUCCAGGAGUUUCACCCUGGAUGAUGAGAGCCUCAAGUACCUGACGCACGAGGAAAAGGAUGUCCUCCUGUUUUUUGAAGAGACUAUUGACUCCCUGGAAGAGGACUUUGAGGAGCAAGUCCUGUGUGACAGCGGCGUGCAUUCCCACUCUCCAGGGUCUCUGGAUGAGAGCGCUUCCAGUCACUCGGAGCUGGGAGAUGUCAUCGAUUUGGUGCAGCCAGCACCUGACGAGGGGGGGCCCGAGUGCCUCCCAGCUGGGGCUGAGGCGGCAGGGGCUGGCCCUGACCUUGAAUGCAGGAAGCCAGAAGCAGCCCAGGGCCCUCCGGCGCCAGACCCCGAGGCUCCAGAGGCCCCUCCUGUGCCGCCCUCCGGACCUGUGGCCACCCCGGAGGCAGCGCCGCCCAGGAGAGAGCUGCCGGCGCCAGGUCCCCCCGCAGAGCACCCCAAACUGCCCCGCUCCGUUCCCACCCCCUUGGUCAUCGCUCAGAAAAUGUCCGAGAGGUUGGCCGGAAGCGAAGCGCUUUCGCCCGCGUCGCCCACCAAGGAGGGCCGGCCCGGAGAAUGGAGGACGCUGCCGCCGGCGGCCCCUCGGGCGGGGGACCACCCCCCGUGGCACAGACACCCGGCGCAGCCGGCGCCCAAGGCGCACCGCUUCCCCAGCAACAUCAGCGUGACCAACAGCGCGGGGAAGGAGUUCAACAAGACCAUCUCCAGGGCGGCGGUCAGCGUGCAGGAGCGCAAGGCCCGAGUGCUGGCCAACAUCAACGGGGUCUCCUUCCUGACGCCGGGGGACCCCGAAGGCCGGGCCCCCGGGGAGGACCCCGCGGAGCCGGGGCGCGGCGGCUCUCCGGAGGGGGGGCGGCGCGGCCCGAGCAGGGCGGGCCCCGGCCAGGAAGCCGCGUGGGCGCCGCGCCCCGGAGGCGCGCAGACGGACCGGCCCCGGCCGCUGGCCAACGGCUUCCAGAGCAUCCACGACGCCCUCAAGAGCGAGCCCGGUGCCUUUGUCUCGGCCGGAAAGACGGUCACCUUCCGCCCAGACCCGGCCCUCGCCAGCAAGCUCGCUCGCCAGAACGCCAGCAAGAGCUUUCACGAGCACCGGCCGCCGGACUGCGGCCCGGAUGCGAGGAGGCGGUCCGGGUCGCUGCCCCGGGCUGUGGGCUUCAGACCCCAGGGCGUCACCGUCCAGUUCUCUGGCCGCGGCUCCACGGAGGAGGCCCGCCGGGAGGCCCUGCGGAAGCUCGGCCUCCUCAAGGAGAACUUGUGCUAGAGAGCGAGGCGCCUGGAGAGGCCGCAGGGCAGGGCCCGGCUGCCGCCGCGGUGCGUGUGCACGGAGCGGGCGGGGUGCGGAGCCACACGUGACCGGCGCCCGGGGCUCCGCGCCUCCGGGUCUGGGCCGAGGGACUGGGGACAGUAAGUGCCGCCUGAGCAGGAAGAGCCUUCGGUGAAAGACAGUCUGGCCCCAUAUCCUGUCUUCCUUUCCCCAGGAGUUCAGAGAGUAACACCCGAAAUGCCCGAAAUGCCCUCGUAUCUUUUCAGGAUUCCGAAGGAGGGGGAUUCGGUCUGAUUUGUUAUUCUUCAGUCCCCAAUCUUGACUUUUAUCCCAAGGACGUGAGAUGCAAGACAGUUUAGGUCUCUUACACCCAGUUAUCUAUGACAGGGAUUUCCCCUUCCUUUUCUAACAAAAUAAAAGCGAAAUGCCUGUUUAGUUUUCAUAGGGUCUUAAAAUACUUCUCUGGGUCUUCUGUUUGGUUCUGAAGGACAAAGGAUGGUGUGUUAGACCUAGAUGUGCCCGUGUUUCUGGAUAGAAUGGUUUGCUCAUUUGGGUGUUUUUUUUUUUUUAAUUGAAAACUGAAAUGAACCCUUUAGAGUAUGAUUUACUAUAAUUCUGAGUUCUGGGAGUGGACUGGAAAGGGUGGAUUCGGAAAAGGUGUUAAUUUUCAGAAACCAAGUCUGAUCAGACUGCGGCGGGGAGGGGGGGCCCAUGUCACUGGGGGAUAUGUGGAUGAGCCUGUAUUGUGUAUAUAGGUGUACAUAACGUGUUUAUAGAAGCCUGUGUGCGUGCACACACACACACAGGUACCUUAUGUGCACACACAUUCAUUAGUGAACAUACAUACAUAAACUUCUUAAAACCCCGUCAAGUGACUACAGGAUGCAAGGUCAGGCCCUUCCGGUUCCCUUGACAGAUGCUGUCGUCCCAGCUGUGAUGAGUGACAUCGAGAUUGGCGCUUUGAAAAGGGCACAUCGCCAUAAUCAGAGUGCUCCCAAGGAGAGUACUAUCCCAAGUAGGCUUCCGGAUAAGCAAGACAGUUCCUUCUUUAGUGAAGAACAGUUUUAAAAGAUGUACCACCUAAUUUUAACUUGCUUUCAGCUUUAUCACCCAGUUUUAGUUCUGCAUGUUCCAAGGCAGCUACUGAACAGAAAGAAGCAAACAAAAAAAAGCUUGAGACCCCUCGUGUUCCGGGAGCAAGAUCGCAGGAUUAGUUUUAAAGGGGGGGAAGCAACGAACUAGGUGACACGGUAUGAAAAGAACUGUCUUCUCCCCGACUGUGUUUUACAUGAUGAGUUGUAGCCACAAGCAUUAUUAUUAAAACUAUUUAAGGCUGGAGUCUUAAGCCUCUAAAAAUAGACUGGGAAGGGCCACGCUCUUAAGUCACACCCUUCUGUUAUUCCGUCUCAGCCAGUGUCACAGAAUCAGUCUCUUCCUGUUGAGUAUUAUUUAAAUUCAUACUUUUAAAUGCGCUGUGAAGCCCGUCCUUUAUAGUAUUCAACUGCCUUAUAGCAAGUUAUAUAAAAUGUUACCAAAAAAGUUAACAUAAUUUUUUUUCCCCAUAGAACUAUAGUAUUUAGUGUCUCAUCCAGCCCGUGUCCUCCUGAAAUAAUUUUAUAGAUUCUUGAUGGACUUAAUUUAAAUAGGUGCUUUGAUUUUUCUUGGUUUUGAAAAUAGUUUUUCUUGUUCUCCUAUUUAUCUUGGAUUUGUUUGAAGAAUUCUGGAAGGCUGUAUUACCUUUCUACAAAGUGAACUGCCAUAUAUAGUGUUUAAAAUUAGAGGGUCUUGAUUAUGGCUGACAUUUUAAGCAUGCUUUAAAUACGAGGAAUAUCUCUUUUCUGUUAUCCUAUGACUUCAUUGUGAUUAAGGUGAACUUGACUAUAUAGGAGUAUAUUUGUUCUCGUAAUGGCAUUUUUGGAAAAAUAAAUUUAGAGAUUUAAGUAUAAA